CUUUUAUUUUUCCUCAUUAACUUUCAUAUUCCAUUUUUGGGAUUAAAAUUUGCUCAAAAAAAAAUAGUUUUCUUUAAAAAAAAAAAUGGAGGGUGAAUUCAUCAGCAAGUACCAUAAGCAACUGGAUGUUGGAGCCAACCAAUGCUCCUCCACUCUCACUAAACGCAUCAAAGCUCCUAUUGACAUUGUUUGGUCUUUAGUAAGGAGCUUUGAUCAACCACAGAAAUACAAGCCAUUUGUUAGUGAAUGCACACUAACGGAAGAUUUUAAAGUGGGUACACUCAGAGAAGUGAAUGUUAGAUCAGGACUUCCUGCAACCACUAGUACUGAAAGAUUGGAGCUUCUUGAUGAUGAGGAGCAUAUUUUUAGCGUCAGAAUCAUGGGCGGCGAUCACAGAUUAAGGAAUUACUCAUCAAAAAUAACAGCUCACCCAGAAACAAUUGAUGGGAGGCCAGGAACAUUACUUAUCGAAUCAUUCAUAGUUGAUGUUCCUGACGGAAACACCACAGAGGAUACCUUCUACUUCGUUCAGUCACUUAUCAACUGCAACCAUAAUUGCUUAGCUGAAGUUUCAGAGAAGAUCGCGUUGCACAAUCAGAACUCUGAACAGACCAGUCUUGUUGACGGUUAGUUUUUGGAAUUUCAGAAGCUAUGAGGGGGUUGUUUUAGAGACUAGCAGUUUUUCCAUCAUUUCUCUGCAUCCUUUCAAGAAGAGAUUUUUGGUUCCUUCUUUCUCAGUUAUAUUAAGUUCCUUAAUGGGAGUCAGCUGUGUGUGUAUGGUUACAGCAGCUAUUUAUCCAGAUAUGUAAUCUGUGAUGAUAGGCUCACUUGGAUCUGUAAUUGCAAGGUAUUAUUAUCAAAAUGUAAAUUUUCAGCU